AGGAUCAACCCUUACAGAGGAGGAGUUGUACAGACUGAUGUUCCACCGGUAGGAAGGAUCUCUGGUGGAACACCUAAUACUGAUCAGCCUGUGGCUGAAGGUGCUCCCCUGUCCAGCCACACACUGUGUAGGGGUGGAGGUGCUGUCUAUAGAGAGGAGUUUGAUCACUCCUGUUCUCUGUUCAUCCCCCAGAUGUUUCAGGAGCAGCUCAGAGAACCAAUGAUUUCUUUAUUUCAUGUCACAUGACCGGAAGCUUCAAAUGAGGCGGUCGACUUCGGUCAAUUUUGGAAUAACAAUAAACUUUGUUAGGUUCGUGUGUGGAUUUUUAGCCGUAUAAUUAAUAUGUAAAGCAACAACGCCAGAACAUUUCGACGUACUAAUAAGAAAAUGAAAGAAAGAUGACGAAAAUGAGCUGACAGGUAUAAGGUAAUUCACCAACCCGGUGAGCGUUAGCUUGUGGUCCAGCUAGCAUGCUAACUGCUCUAUUGAAAACAAACACAAGUUCGUAGACUAGUCUUUGUCACAGAGACCCUCUAGCAACUCGGAGUCAGACGCCAGUGUGACCAACCAACCUUCGCCUUCUUUGUAGGACGCAACAGAUGGGAACAUGCUGUUUGGUGAAACAACGCUGAAGUAAACCGCUAUGGAUGACUCUGAACAGGAUUUUGUGGAUCUCUGCUCGAAGCUGCUAAAACGUGUCCGAAAGAAAGCAGGUGAGCCCAGACCUCCAAGGAAAGCGGAUCACCAGUUGUCCAGUCAGACAAGUGAUGGAAAAAAUAGUAGAAGAAACAAGAACAUUGGGGCGUCCAAGUCUAAACCUGUGGAACCGCUUGUUAGUGAAGGGACUGGACACGGUUCCGGAGAUGCUGGGUCAUCGUCUGUGCCUUCAACAGGGCUGAGAUAUGAUGGUAACCUAACUGCAAAAGACAAAGUACUGGACAGGAUGCAGCAGUUUAAGCGAGACAGUCCCCAGCGGAUGGUGUGUACAGACAAGAGACAGCCAACAAAUAAUUAUGUACCUCGUCCUCAGCCACAAAUGCAAGAGAGUCUGGAGUCCUUUACAUCAGGCCUCAACCCUGAGCCCCAAGAUACUGAUGAGGAUCUGGCCCUGCGUCUGCAGCAGGAGCUAGAUAGAGAAGCAGCAGAGGCCCAGACUGUAGCUUUAAAGGACGGAGGCGUUUUCUUCUGUCAAAUCUGCUACAAAGACCUGUCUCACAUGAGCCCAGAGGGGCGCACACAGCAUCUUAACAGGUGUUUAGAUGAGAGGGAAGAGAGCGCACCACACCCUCCUCCUCCUAGUGUCCCUGAGUGUCCUAUCUGUGGCAAGAAGUUCAAGUCUCAGAAGAGCCGUUUAGCCCAUCUGAAGUGUUGCUAUUCAGAGAUGGGAAUCUCUCCAGCUGUAAUGCUGCAGGCUCUACAGAGACAGGCUGCGGAUACACAGAAUGUCUUCACUACUAACAGACUGCCUACAAAUUUUAAUGCCAUCACCAAACGAAAAGGCAACUUCAAACGCGGUUUCCCUGUGAGGAAAAAAGCCAAAAAUAAGACUGGACCCCUGGAUGAAGACACUAUGAUGGCUUUGGCUCUGUCCGCAUCCCUUCUGGAAGAGGAAAGAGAGCAGCAGAGGGAGAGCAAGGCAGAGAUCCAAAUGCAAGCAGAAACCACUGUCCAUCCUACAUCACCAGUAGUGAGGUGGAAGACAGAAUUGGGUGCAGUGAAAGGCCGCGGGAAGUUAAAAAAGGGCCCCAUCCGCCAUCCUCCUCCACUGCUUGUUCAGGAUGCUCAGGAGGCCCUGAAAAGGCUGCAGGAACGUGUUUCUGCUCUCCUCCUACGCAGCUGGCCUGACUCCCCUCCUACCCCAACCCGCUGUCAAAGUGGUCUGUCUGGCUGGACUGGUGCUGCCCCCCUCUGGCAGAAAAGCUCACUGUUGGAUUGCUCCACAGACCUGUCUGAUUUCUACACUUCGGAACUUAGGCAGUUCAUCGUGCCAUGGGAACCAACAAAGUCUCAUAGAUCCUCCUGCAACACCAGCAACAAGCCACGUUCGUCUCUCCAACCUGUGAAUGAAGGAACUCCUGACACAAAAAAGAGGGUCCUGUCUCCUUCCUUCCAGACUGUCUCCUAUUCCUCACCUCCCUCCACGCCGGGAACAAGGCCUGUCAGCAGCCAAGCCCUUCUAGACCUGAUGGAGCUGACUGAAGAUGGCAUGACCCUCACGCAGUGUGGCUACACUGCUUUUGAACAUAACAAAGGGGUUCGUCUAAAUGGCUUCGUCUCGGAGGAGGCAGAGGAGCCGGCUGUUCACUGUGUGAGCGGCUUCAUUCCAGAAGCAACACAUAGAAAAUCUGAUAUGUCAGGAGCAGAUAAGAAGUGCGAUGGCCACCAGUCGGUAGCCCCCUCGAGGCUGGCAGCAGACUUAAGUAGCAUGGUGAACAACCCUCAGCUCAGCGAUGUGCAGCUCCAGGUGGACAGUGGAGACGUCUACUUUGCUCAUUCCUUCAUGCUGUAUGCUCGCUGUCCUCUGCUAGCAGAAAUGGUCCAUGAAGUUGGUUUUGGGGUGCAAGAGGAAGGCUCACCUGCAGCUCAGAGAGUGCUGAUGAGUGACCUUCCAGGACAGGCAGUAUUUGCUCUGCUGCAGUAUCUCUACACGGGUUUCUGCACCAUCUCAGCCUCACUGCGGCCCCAUGUACUGGAGCUCGCAUACAGGUUUGAUUUACUGGAGUUAAAGCAGCUUUGUGAUCUACAUCAAGAUGAGACAGACUACCAGGAAGAUGUCAACAACCAAACGAACCAGGCUUUCAUGGAGCUCCUACGCUCCAUGUGGCACGAAGAGGAUGAAGGUGAAGCGGAGACAGAUACUGAUGGAGCUAAUAAUGAACAGAUGGUGUUCAGUGAUCAAUGGGUCAGUGACCUCACAUUGGGACACAGAGAAAUAAGUGAAGAGAAAGUGAAUGAGGAAGAGCUGGAUGAGAUCUAUGAGUUUGCAGCCACACAGAGAAAGAGGGGGGAGGUGAAGGACUGUGAGGGGGAGAAGGAUGGAGGAGAUGUGAUAGACUCUAAUAGCUGCUCCAGUGAAAAAAGUCCAGAGCUGAAAGCAUUCCAAAGCAACCCCAGUCUGGAUCGCAGCUACAACGACCCCUUCCCAGAGUCGUGGGGGGUCUAUGAGGAAGGGCAAUCCUCUUCGUUAUCAUUAACCUCCGGCCUGUCGAAAAUGCAACCACCUGUAUCCCAACAACACCAGCCUUUACAUAAACCUUCAUCUAAUCUUUCCAGCAGAGCACUAUUUCAGUCUUUAGCAAGUGUAGUGGAUGAAUUGAGCCCUCCACCCACUACAGCCAACCUGCCUAUUACAGGUGUGUCCCCUGGUCAGGUGGGUGACUGUGGUCGUGGUGAAGAAAAGAAAACAGAUGCUGUUCAACUGGAGGAAUGUCCAACUUUAAAGCAACAAAGUAAAGGACCUCAUGUUUGUGUGGCCUUGUCUCCCGAUUCACCUCACAACAUCAACAAGAGGGAACCUGAGCUUAUAGUUUUGUCCGACUCAAGUGAGGAAAUGGAGGUCGUUGCUUGUAGACUAAAGGACACACAGACUUACACCCAAAUCAAAUCCCAGCGAAAGGUUAAUGAACCUGCCUAUGGCAAAAAGAAGUUGGUUAGUUUGAAACUUAGUCCUGGUGAUCCAGUAGACUGUUCUCCGGAACUUUCCUGGUUGAUCCCAUCUUCACCAGCUCAGCAAGAGACCAGCACCAGGAGCAGCACCAGUCAGAGCAGAAGUAGUAAGUGCAGGACACAGCUGUUUCCUCAAGAUGAAGCUUCAUCGUCCCCUUGUGUUUUCUCUUCGGCAGUAUCAGGCAGCAUACUCCAGACCUCUGACAGAGUUUCUAACCUUGGAGGCCUGGCAGAGGACAGUGUCUCUAGAGUGAAGCUAGACAAGAUGCUUCCCAGCAGGUCCAAUUUGGAUUUGAAAUGUUGUCCUAAAAGAUCCAGUAGCUCUGAUUUGAGUAAUGAUAGAGACAUAUUUACAGUUCCCAAAUCUCCACACACGUUCAUAAACAUCUCUUCCGUCCAGGCAUUGUCAAAGCAAGCUACACCCCUCCACAUGCAGCCCCAACCUUACAGCAGUACUCCUUUGCAUGCAGACAUAUGUCAGCCCCCUGGUCAUCUUGAUGCCUCCACACUCCACACUGGCCCCAAUGAAAAAGCAGGUGAAGAAAGAGAGAAGGCAACUUCAGAAAGGGAAGACAGCCCAGAAAAGACAGAAUUAGGAAGCUUUCAUCUUUCUCCCUUGUCAGACCAAUUGCAUCAGCCCUCACUGGAUUCGUCCUUUUGUCUAAGCCGUUUAAGUUCACAGAGACAAAUUAAGUUUUUUAGAGAAACUGGAAGAAUUGAACUAGAAACAGGAGAGAAGGAGGAAGCAAAAGGAGAAUGUGGAGAAGCAGGCAGCUCAGAGUGCAGUUUCCAACAGAGUUUUAUAGAUGAGCCUCCCAUAGCAUUCAAUGAUUCAUGGGGACUUGAUGCCUGCAUAGAUGAAAACCCCUGCUGUAUCAGUCUAAGGCUGGAGGACAGCGGAGGAUCCAGCCAACAGAACUGCACUCUGGGUCAAGGAGGAACAACCAAGUUAUUGUCCUCUAGCAGCUAUCAUCCUCCACCAUCUAGUGGCUGUGUCCAGUCAUCAAAGAGUUGUGAUGGUAUGGUUGACUCAUCUCCCUCCAAACAACUUACUACCAGCAUUCAGGCUCACACCAGCACAACUACGCCACAGAUCAACAGCCUCCUCAACUCAAAACUAUGGGACAGCUGGGAGGAGGAAGAAGAGGAAGAGGUUGCCCCUCUUUCCCAACGGGUGAAUUCCUCUGCUCACCUCAAAACCCCAUCAUCAUCACUUAGUAAAAAAUGUCACUCCUUGGUGCCUAUUACUCCAUUACCCCACUACUCUGACAUGGACACACCAGAGCUUAAGAGCAAACUCAAAAGGUUUGGUGUUCGGCCUUUACCGAAGCGCCAAAUGAUCCUCAAGCUUAAGGAGAUCCACCAGUACACCCACCAGCUGGUCAGCUCAGACUCUGAGGAUGAGCCACCCUCAGUGGGUCACACUGCUCAAAUGAAGUCCCUCGUCACUGGUUCAGCAGCUGCUCCCAACAGGCCGGUCUCCUGCACCCAGACAGGGAAGUUUAAGGAGCCAAGUGUUCCUGCUACCAUCUCCCCUAUGAAACCUAACAGGAGUAAGGAGGAGGAGGUGCUGUCUGCUUCACAGGGCUCCAACACCUCUUCAACUGCUGCCAGUGAGGAAUCUGAAAGGUCAAAUCCAGAGCUGUGUCUCUCCUCCAACGAAGACUCAGACAGUGAUAUUGGUAUCUCUGCCUCUCAGGCAGCAAAUUGCCUUGAGGACCGUCUCCGCGCAGUGCGCUCCUUCAUCCUGUCCGACUCUGCUCUAUACAGUCAGAUCCUCCAGUACCAGCCUCUGGUCCUGUCCCAGCUCCAGGAACGACUGAAAGCAAAUGGGAUCCGCCUGGGUGCUGCCAAGCUGGUGGACUACCUGGACUCUCAGUGUGUCACCUUCACCACUGCCAAGCCAGGGCAGUCUGCACCCUGCCACAAGCGGGGAAAGAGGACACGCACCAGAGCAAAGACAGCAGAUAAAGGUGUAGUGAGAAGAAAAAAAGAUUACAGCUGUUGGGCAGAGCUCCAAUGCUGUGACCAGAGCAACGCGGGGUUAAAAUCUGAAACAGCAGUUUCCCUUCAGCUACAGAUAAAGGCAAGUUAAAAAGCACUAAUAAAUAUAAUCACUGUGGCAACUGGGGAUGAGCCACUUACCUUAACACUGGCAGAAAAAAUAAAAGAUUAAAGCAUGAGUUUUAAUAACUCCUCAGUAACAAGUUACUGAGGUGAAAAUUAAUAAGGUCUUUUCAAUCUAGUCUUUACCAUGUGAAUGAAUUGAUGGCCUAUCCAAUAAAAGGUUACUCGUGUUAGUACCUGUAGAUACUCACUCUUCAUCGCAGCACUGGGGGUACUUUCUCUAUACUGAACGGGCCCCUGGUUAUUAUUCAACUGCCCAUUGUCACCGUCUCCCAGCUUCUGCUCCACCUCCUGCCAUGCUGCACACAGACAGAAAGAGGUGUCUUCACUGUCACACUAUGUGCAGUAAAGCACUUAUACAGUGUGACAUUCAGAGAGUUGGUCCGGUCUGUGGUGUUUAUAGCUGCGGGUGAAGGUGUCUAUACACCCCCACCACCAACAACACCAGAUAAACUUUCAUGGCUUUCGCUCUAAAGUUUGCAUGUCAUCUUUACAAACAAUAAGCCACAUAUUUAGAUGUCAGUCCAGCCUGUAAACACUUAACUGUUUUCAUAUUGAAGAGCUAAAAUUACAACAACUGUUAUCUCCUGAAGCACCUGAUUCAACAGGUUGAACUGGACUGACACCCGCCUGGUGUUUAGCGUUCAAACAGUCAGAUAACAUGCUGCUGCUCCUGGCUCCACUUUAUAAUGAAAUGGCAGGACAGCACAAACUAUGAUUGACCUCUAGGUAGAAACGUCCAACUCGAGACCUCCCACUCAACUCAGCAUCAAUCUUUUGAAGCGGCAGUGUCGUCAAGAAGAAUCUCGAGCGUGUUCCAAAUCACAGGACCAAUGAGAGCGAGAGGUGUCGAUACGUCAUGUGACUGGUUGUUUGAACGGACGGUUGUUUAAAUAUGUCAGAGCUUUAUAAACGUGGCAAGCGGUCCGGAGAUGACCUAUAAGAUGAUAGAUGACCUAUAAGAUAAACAGGUUUCAAUUACAGAGGUCUGUAAUGUAUUUAUGGUACGUUCAAACUGUAAUUAAAGACUACAUCUGUAUUUUGACAAGUCGCAAUUCCAAAAAAAAUAUCGUUAUUAGUCAGACAUCACUGCUGUGCAAAGCUGGAGGGGUGAUGAGAAGGUGAUUAAAGUCAUGUUGUGUGGAAACGACUUUAAAAUAAAAGUCUUUGAUUUGACUAAAUGACAAACAUGUCUCCUCAAUGUAGUAAUAAACAGAGUUGCAGAAGCACCAAAUACAGCUCUAAUAACAUCUGACUAUCAAACAUACUUAUAUCAAGGCUACUGGUAUAUUAUACACAGAAACAUGAUUACACACCUUUGAUUAAAUAACUUUUAUUUGACAUUAAACAUGGACUGUGAUCCUGAACAACCACGUAUCAGCGAGGGUUUGGUCAGUAGGCUCUGAUGCAGUUCUCACACAUAACCAGCAGAUGUCGUUGUUCUGAAUGUGUCAAAUGGUGUCGAGCAAUGUGUCGAUUUCAGCCCAACUGUGUCAUAGUUGCUCAAUGCAUCUCUACCUCUAGGUUUCAUGUUCUGGUCAGUGCCAUUUAUUUAUCUGUGGUCAACUGUGUCUAAUUUGUGACCCUGUCAAGUAUAAAGUUCAAUGACUUUAAAUUACUUCAGGAGUUCUGGUGAUGGUAGAGCUACCUAAACAUGGCAUUACUCAAUAACCUGCUGCAAAUUUGGAUCCAGUCCAGUGUGUCAGGCUUGUCAGAAACCAGCUGAGCGGCUGUCACAGCACUGGGCAUGAUCGGCCCAGCACACUGCUGCACUGCGGGUCUCACCUUCAUACACGAACCUGACGUUUUCCUCGUGUGCGGGAGUGAAUCCCUCUGUCGGGCUGCUGACCUUCUGCAGGGCUGCGCUGUGCUGGCGCUUAACGUUGAGGCGGUUGAAGACGAUCUUGGCUGGCUGAGAGCUGUAAAGGGCAGACAGGGUUAAUUACAGGUGUCAGCUCGGGAUAGUAAGAAGGAAAGCUCGGCAACAGAAGUUAAGGCUGCCUGUCAGUUUAGCUUCAAGUAACUUUAAUACUGAACGACAAGCAUUGGAAUUUACUUUGAGGAUUAACACAUUGACAUUAUUCUUGCAGAACGUUAUUAAUAUGAAUGGGUUUAGAUUACAGUAUUUUGACUAACUCUAUACAAUCCCUUUCCGCUUGUUUAUUAGGAAACUGUUUUAGACACUGAGAGAAAGACGCCAGUCAUGCUGUUUAACUCUGGUCCUGUACAUCAAUGGCAUUUCCGAGCUCUGCUCUGGUGCCACCGAAGGUGGAGUUGCUGGUGCGGCUUUCAGGCACGAUCGGGCCAUGGUCUCCGGUGGAGGAGAAGGCUACACAGCACCCGAAGGAGACAGCGACGAGCCCAGUAAUAGGUUUUGUCCGAUAUUGGAUGCCCUAGAUUCACUGAUGUUACACGAUCACAUAUGGAUAGAGAUGAUAGGCUAGUUUCAUUCUUAGGCCAAAAUAUAAGCAGAUACUCACGUUGUCAGGGGCCAAGCGGUCGGCCUGAGCUUCAAGUCGCUGAGCUUAGUCUCGACCUGCUGCGUAGGACCUGGCGUGGAGAUAAACACAUACAGUACACAGACGUGUUUAAAUCAGUUUGACCCAUUUAGCAAUUUAUGACAAACUGUCAAACAAAAGUGGAGGGGGCGCUAACACUGCAUGUGGUCGCUCACCUGUCCGCCGUUGUGUAACAAGUUUACUGGGCCCUCGUGUGAUUGUGUACAUCAUGUGAGCGCCGGUUGCCUCGAACAAGUCCUCUAGUUUUCUCAAAGCUAACAUCCGCUGCACGCAUAGACCGAUCACUCAAACCUCCUGCCUCGGCCGCCAGCGGAGACCUGUCUAAGCGAGCGUGACUUCCCCCGGUCAGCUGCUCCGGGCUCGGCCUGUGGGAACACUGUGGAAACGCUGCCCCGUGGACUGCUGCUCCCGAGCAGGAGCCGAGGCGACGCGCGCGACGCGCGCGACGCGGCUCCGGGGGAGGAGGCGUGUAGGUCAGUCAAGGAGAAAGCGACUCCGCCUGCCGGGACCGGUGGUUCACGGACAGGGCACUGUGUUGGUGAGUUGCGCAGACAGUAGCAGUCCGGAUCGGUCACUCCGUCCUUCCCGUUCCGCUCAUGCUUUGACCUGCUGCCUGAUUAGGCGCAAGGGCACUUCACACUAUGGUAUUUUGAUAAGGGCGGAAACUCAGCAUGCUUGGGCGAAGUCGAGCCAGCGAACAUAAGAGAACACAAAUUCCGGUUGGCUUUUCAAAAUAAAUGCCCUCAAUGACCAAGCCUGUGUGUGUGCGUGUGUCUAGUGUGUGCAUAUUUUUUCCAUGCAAAUUGGCAAAUGAUAACUUCCCUGCUCUUUUAUUAGGCAAAUAAUGUAGUCUUGAGAAGCUAGUAUAAAUUUUAACGCGUCACAAAACUUUGUUUAAACUUGUAUUUUUAUUUUGAAGGUAGAUGGUUUUUAUUGUUUGUGCUUUCCUUUGAUCGAGCAACUUUACGCAGGUGCCCUCUUCAGUGACGUCGCUGCACGCUCCUCACACGUGGGAGGAGCGUCACCUUUCACCUAAUAAACCAAACGCGUAUCAGCGUAGAUCAGGGCUGCUCAAUCCUGGUCCUCGAGAGCUACCGUCCUGCUAGUCUUCCAACUCUCCCUGCCGCAGCUAAUACUGAUUACCUUGACCAGGUGUGUUUACCCAGUCAGCAGCUUACUGACACACCUGAUCUAGGUAAUCAGCCGGGAGAGUCGGAAAACCGGCAGGACGGGAGCUCUCGAGGUCCAGGAUUGAACACCCCUGGUGUAGAUAAAUCAGAAACGUGUUUAUUGACGGUGCUUACAUAAAACAUAAAGACAUAGGACAUAAAACAUAAGCAACUGAAAUAAAAUAAACAGAAACUUACUGAGAAAUGUUCUGUUUUGUUGUUAAUUUAUCAAAUUUUCAAGUCUAAUUCUAAUUAAAUAUUACAUUUAGAAAUAGACUUUACCAGUAGAGAUGACUGGUGACUGACAGGAUGUAUGGUGCCAAAAUUAUAAACAUUUACUGUUAUCCACUAAACAUUAUGAGGUGGUUGAGAUGGAUACCUUUUGUAAAAUUGCUGUUAAAUAUUAAAUAUUCUGUCACAGUGAGCUUAGAAAGUGUUUAGUAAAGAAGAAGCUCAGACAGGUUUAUCCAGUGUGAUAUCCAACACUUAGCCCCCUGUUCAUCUGUUCUAUCUGGGUCAGUCAGCUUAUAAACAGUUAACAGUCCACACUGCAGAUUUAGCACUGACAGCGGAGAGGUCAGAUUGCAACUUGUGGCCAGUUUCACAGUAAGAUACAUUUCUUAGCAUGCACACUUCACCUUAUUGAACAUAUGGUAGGAUUGAGUUUAUUUUUUAAAUAACUGUAGUGUUAACCUAUGUGGUGUCCACUGGCUGUGCAGCAGUGUCACUCCUGCCAGGCAAAGCUUUUAAUGUGAUUUUUAAAUGAGACAGUGAGCAUUUUUUCACUCAUUCAUUACACACUGCUCAAUCUGUUUUUCAUGAUUUAAGUCUUUAUUGUGCUGUUUAAUUAAAACUGCAAAUCAUAUGCAAUCAUAUCAUACUUAGAUCAAGAGGUAUAUAUCUCAAAGAAACAUAACUUGCCAAACACAAGUGUUUCUCAACAUUACUUAAAGCUUUGUACAAUCUAAGCAGCCCACUUCUAUUAACCUGUUCUUGCAGAUUCUGUCCCUUUAGCACCGCUGACGUCUACAGUAAAUGAUUUCUAUCAAAAAAAGGAAAUAUGAAAUUUCAAUUCAAAAUCAACUGUCCCACACAUAGUUUCACUACCAAGACACCAAAAUUUCACAUAUCACAUAAAUAUUUACAAACGGUUAAAAUAUACACCAUACUACAUAAGCCCAAAAGUAUUGGUGACUGAGGUUUUAUGAUGUCUCUUUUCCUGCACCACAGUUGAGAAGACAUUAAAGUGUGAUCAAGUGUCAAGCUUAAGUGUUAUUUUUAAAAGUUUCCAAAAAAAUAUGGCAUUUACAGUCAUUAAAGCAGAGUACCUUCAUUCACAGAGAAACAAUUGUGGCCCACAGCUCUGCAACUGUUGUCAUGUAAUGAGCAUGUGCAUUUGGCAGCUGCAUGACUGAAACAAAUAAUAUAUUUUUGUGAAACCUCUGGCAUUUUUCAAAUACUAGACCUAACCUAAACUAGAAGCUGUUUUUCAGAAUAAACACACCACACAGGAGAGUGAUGCAAAUCCCUGUACAUAAAAUCUUAUUUCUUUGUACAUUUCCAUUUGUAUUUUUCCAUUCCAAAUGUAACAAGAUUACUUGUAUUAGUUUCAAGAUAAUAAGCAAAUGUAGGUAGUAAUUUAAAGGUAAAGUUGUUCCUUCCGUUCUUCCACCAGGCUGUCGGGGAUGUAGUUUUUCUCAGUAAUGAGGCUCACAGUCCUCCACCAGGCUGUCAGUGAUGUAAUUGACAUGGAGUAGCUUGUGGUAGUACUCUUUCUCCACUUUUGUGUUAACUGUCCAGGCUACAACUUCCACCCCUCUCUGGGCCCAGUAUUGCACAUAGUCCCUGCAAACAGCACACAGAAAAGUUAUUCUGUCCUGUAAACAUUUUGAAGUGACUGCAUUCCCCAAAAUGUGCUCAUACCCUGCAGUAUUUACUGGUGUUAAAGGAAAACGUCACAGAUUUUCAAUGGGGGUUGACCAAAACAGUCUCAGGUAGAAUUUAAGAAUGAAGGGACACUCAGAUCAUUUAAAGUACUAGUUAGUCUGUGAACCCACAGCAAAAAGGCCUCUGGUCUGUUUCAGAUGCUUUUGCAGAGGAAUAAAGGAUAAUUUCUCUGCAUAGAAAAUGUGGAGGAAUCUGAGUGUCCCUUCAUUCUUAAAUACUACCUGAGAUUGUUUUGGUCAACCCCCAUUGAAAAUCUGUGAAGUUUUCCUUUAAGCAGUAAUUAUAAAAGUGGUAACCUUAUAAUUAGAGGCACAUGAAGCAAAUAAAGCCCAUUGUAUCAUUAAUCUAAAUUCUAGUUAAGGUGCCUCAGCAGAAACUCACUGUGAAACAAAGUUCUUUUGGAUCAGGAAGGCUGAGUUUCCACACAGCUUCCAAAGCACAUGAUGGUGCGCAAAGUCCAGCAACACAUCAUUCAGUGUGAACCAGAAGUGUUUCCAUGAAGAUGAGAAAUAUGGGGUGCCGUCUCCAAGCCGACUCAGGCUCCAUGGCCUGUGGGUUAAUGCAGUGACCACUUCUGGAUCACUCUGUCUCAUCUUGGCCAGAAGAAUAGACAUAAAAAGAUUAAAGUUUGACACAUGCUAGCAAUACAUAGGCAAAGAAGUGUCAAAAUCAUCUGUGAUUCAAUAUUGUACAGACUGACGUCCCUCUAGUUUUAGUGAAUUGGUGGGUUUUGAGAAGUGUGUGAGCUAAAUUUUUCAGAUUCACUGAUACAAUCACAUAAUAUAUAAUUUUGUUCACUGCCGAAAAACAAUGUCAAAAAAAAUACCAUAAAUGAAACUUCCCUCUUACCUUGUAUAUGACACUGGGCUGAAAGGAGCAAACGAUGCUGCUGUUGUAGAGGACUGGAUACUUCUUAUACAAGUCCUUGAGGGCUGCAGUCGCCUGGAAGAAGAGCAAACACAUAGUUACUGUCGGUCAUUCAACUGUGUCCAGCAUGUCUGUUGUUUUAAGGUCUGUGUGUGUGUGUGUGUGUGUGUGUGUAUGUGUGUGUGUCCAACGAUGUCACGCUAAGCAGCAGCUGUGUAAGUCUGGGUAAGCUACUGGGUGAAAAACCUAGCAGGAGAGCAGUUCUUCAUUCCUUACUCAUCUAAAAAUGUGCUGAGUUAGAAACCACCGGUGUUAUGAUGCAAAUCCAUAGGUUGCCUUGUAAUAGACUAGCAACAGUGAUUGCUGGCUCUGGAUCAGUUUAUUUGUAUUUAAAAUUCAUAAUUAAAUCAAAUUUCUACAAUAUGAAAAAGUCCUGUUAUUUUGGUUUAGCCUGUUUGGUUUGAAAAUGUUGUUAAUAAAAUUUUUCAAUUUGUAAAUUGUAAUUGUAAAUUUAUGUGAAGACAGAACUAGUGUAACAAGUUUUGAAACCAUUGAACCCUAAGCAUUGACUAAAGUAACCAAUCAUUAACUGUGUAUUAUGAUCAUUUUGUACUGGGGCACCAUAAAAGCCUUCUUUCGAAUAAUAUAAACACAAUAUCGAACAUUCUGGUGUUCUGCUUUAAAUGUUGCAAUGUUGACUGGGUACAGAUCAAUUACAGAGUAUACGUAUAAGUUGCUGUUUGUUAGUUCCAUUGGCCUCACCUCAUUUGGAUGACCUUUAACAUCAAAGUAGAUAGUAAGAUGUAGUUUGAUGCAUUCCUUCACUGCUUCCUCCAGGGUUGGAAUCUUCUCCCCAGGAAAUUUCUGCCUGGUAAAAGUAGAUGGUGCUACAUGAUACUUUAUUCAAGAUAAAAAGUGAACAGUUACUGUGGCUGCAGCUUUUUGGGUAUGUAACCAUAGAGCAGACAGAUGUAAAGGGUAUAUUAAAAGAAAUUGAAUUUAUCAAAAAUGUUGAAAAAUGUUUUGAAAAUGUUUAGUUUUAGGCAAAUCUAGAAAAAAUAAAUUUGGGACAUCAUUAGUAUUAAUCUGUAACUCUUGCAGGCUUCCCAUAAAACAGGUAUAACAUGUCUAACUUGCUGCCGACCUCCAGAUAGUGACAGUGGAACUAGUCAUUAGUGUGGGCUGACGAGACGUUUGUUGUGCUGUGAUAACCACUGCUGCUUCAGAUUGCCAAAGAAAAUAACAGAGGUAUAAACUAAAGACUUCUGUAACCACGUCUGUAUUACAGCAAAUGUAUAACCUCUGCACUCACCAGAGCCGAUGCUUAGCUGCUGCGUCUAGUUUAGUCAGGUCAGAAUGUGUCAUCUGGUCAAGUGGGCCCGACCCGUUGGUAGUCCGGUCCACAGUGUCAUCGUGCAUUAGGAUCGGGACACCAUCUGCUGAGAACUCCACGUCAAGCUCCACACCCGUUGCCCCAUUCUUACUGGCCUAGAGUAAAAAUAUUUAAAAUGAGGAAUCCAGGAAGUUUUGUGCAGGAGCUAUUUGUUUUCUUUGUUAAUUGUUGCAUAUCAAUAUACAGUAUGUUGAUUCAUUGUCAUAAUUUAGGUUAGCUUCUACUCUUGAUUUGCUUAUUAGAUAUUUGCGUUUUUCAUUCAUUGGUUUAGUUAUUGCCCAGACACGGACCUCAGCGGCUAUAGGGGGGCGGGUUAAGGAGACGGGAGGAGCCUGGGGAGGCAAACAGUUUUUACCGGAGACGGAGACUCAAAGACAGAUUGAAAGGACAGAAACCUGCAAAGAGACCGUGAAUGGACAGCGGCCGCAAGACACACGAACCCACGCAAUAGGAAGCCACCACGGAUUGUUUGUUUGUUGGAACAAUAAAUCACCCGCAUACAGCAUUAACUGGAGUAGACAUUGCACUUUUUUUCAGUGCAAUUCUCUAGUUUCCGCGUAAUCACCCAGCCUGUGGCUCCUCAGUGCCCAUUCAAAAUUAAUAGUGAGAGAAUCGCCACUACAUUUUGCUUCUGAUCUUGCUCAAACAUGUGCACGUAUAAAAUGUCCACAUAAAAGCAAAGAAAACAAGCUUCUGUUUUUAGUUUUACAUUAAUAGUGGUCCCCAAUAAUGUUGUUUAACACAAGCUUAAUCUUCUCGUUUGUAGCAGCUCUGCGGGUUGUGGUGAAGGCGUGCUCUCACCUCACGGAUCGCUGCUAUCGUGUUCUCCGGUGCGUCGUACCCACCGCCCCGGUGAGCGACUACCGACACUUUGCCGGAACCCACCGUGCUUCUGGCUGGGUGCAGCACCUGCCGCGCUCGGUUGGCUGACAGCUGGGGGAACCGAAACACAGCCAAAAAGAGGUAGAGGGAGGCGGUGAGAACCGUCGUCCACACUGGGCUCCUGGUUCCGAGCAGAACCACAACGAAGACGACAGAGUACAAGGUGACUUCGUCUCCCAACUGCAGCAUCGUCGCUCCGCCGCCUGACGUCGGCUAAUGCCACUGUUAGCUAGCGUUAGCUCCUGUUAGCUAAAUACAUACAUGGACCUGUUAACACCUUUACAACUUAAUCUCCUGUUUUUAUGACAAAGUCAUAAAAUUACAAAGUCAUAAAAAUCAUAAAUCAAGUCAGAACAUCAGCCGGUGACACCAACAAACACCAUGACCCGUGACGUUCAGCUACAAAAGAGGAAGUUGUCGUUUUGUACAAAAUAAACGUUCAACAUAAUGAAAGAAUGAAGAAUGAAUUGUAAAAUAUUCGAUCAAUUACUGAUGUAUAUUUAUUUAUAUUUAAAAUCUUGUUUAAAUUUCAUCAAAACAAUUAUUAAAUGUAGUACCUACAAAUUUGAUGAAAACAGGAAAUUGCGAUGAUCGAUUUUUGUGGUCUGCUCUAAACUAUAGAGUCAAAUUAAGGUCACAUUAGAUCUGUGCCAGAACCAGAUUUGUACUUGUAGACUUAGUGAGCUAUACCAUGCUUACACUUAUAAUUUGGGGUGUUAAAAAUCGUGCCUAAAUUUACAAGUAAAAUAACGUGACCUUAAUUUGCCUCCACACUCUGAUUGGAUAAUGAACAAAGAAGUUAUCGCAGUUAGGUUAAUCUACCUCCUGUCGGUAACCCAGAGUUAACGCACGUGCACGGCGUAUAUAUAAAGACAUUGUCAAUGGAUCGCCGAAUUCACGAGUCACCAUGGAAAUCCGAAGCUACACUAUAAUGGCAGCUUAUUUCAACGGCGGAGUUGGAGGUUUUAAUGCAGAGAAUGAAGAAUUUAAGACGAUUAUUAAUAGAAAAAGCAACACAGCUGCAUCGGCGAAGGAAAAAAGAGAAGAAGAAAAAAGUGUAAUCCUUCUGGAGCAGGAGGAACUCUGUCCCAAGUCAAAAUGAAACACAAAACCCUACAAAAAAGGACAUGAAGAAUUGAUGAGUGCUUUGGUACAGAAACCUUAAUAAAAGUGAUUCUGACAAA